AUGAAGGAAGCGAAAGGGGGCGUGGGCAAGGAGAACCGCCACACUGGCCUCUGGACCUUCUGGUCUGGCUCCCCUCUCCCGAAUGGCUCUCAAAGUACCUGCUGCCCAGUCAACUGGCUGGAGUUCGAGGGCAGCUGCUACUGGUUCUCGCGCUCCGGGAAGACCUGGCCGGAGGCCGAGAAGCACUGCCGGCUGGAGAACGCGCACCUGGUGGUCGUCAACUCCAGGGAGGAGCAGAACUUUGUGCAGGAACAUAUAGGCUCCUUACACGUCUGGAUGGGCCUCAGUGAUGCCGAAGGAGUCUGGAAAUGGGUGGAUGGGACGGACUAUGCGACCAACUUCAAGAACUGGAGGCCGGGCCAGCCGGACGACUGGCAUGGGCACGGGCUGGGCGGGGGCGAGGACUGUGCCCACUUCCACCCGGACGGCUGGAACGAUGAUGUCUGCCAGAGACCCUACCGCUGGGUGUGCGAGGCCCGCCUGGGCGUGGCCGGCUAG